AUGCCUUUCUCUUCUUCUUCUGGUCCCUGGCGCUUGGGAAGCCGCGGGUCCAAGAACCCCACCACACACCACCAGUCCCAGAAAAGGCACAGAAACGGCCCCAAGAAGCCCCGAUCCCAAAGAUGUGACUCUCUUAAGGGGGUCUACCCCAAGUUCCUGAGGAACAUGCGUUUUGCCAAGAAGCACCACAAGAAGGGCCUGCGGAAGGUGCAGGCCAACAACGCAAGGGGAGGAUGCUCGCGUCGCGACCGUCAAGGCCCGGUCAGGCGCGGGCAGCCCUGGCCCAAGCUCCCCGGGUCCCAGCCACAAGCUCAGCCCAAGCUUGGGAAGCGGGUUCUUACCUACAUCGCCAAGAGUCGCAGGCUCUGCCAAACACAACCCCAGGCCCAGGCUGUAGCUCCAGCUCAGGCCCCACAGUAG